AUGGAUAAAACAGUAUCGGCAGUAGUAGUGGCUGAUUCUGAGUUAUCAGAUAGCUCUGGAAAAAUAGCCAAGGACAAUUUCGCGGUAAUGUUCAAUGCACUUGCCGCGAAACCCCCUCCGGAUCAGAGUGAAUCAGUAACUCCAGAAGAUGGACGUAUAGCACUAUGUGAUACCGCGCGUUUGGCUAGUUUCAGUCCAGCAACAGAGGAGGAGGUGAAAAAGCUUGUUCAACAGUCAGCUAAUCUUGAACUCCUCCCAAUAUUGACGAAAGUACUGUUAACCAUGAACGAUACUUCAAGUCUUCUGAAGGAAAUUGGACUGAAAAUAUGUGGGCAUGCAGACAAAAAGUCUUUUAACAUACUCUACAGGGCGGACACUGAGGUCAAAGUAGAUGAAUUCCAUUCCAAAUGUGAUGGAAAAGGACCAACAGUCACAGUUCUUUAUUUGAAAAACAACACGAUAUAUGGAGGAUAUACAAGCGAAGAUUGGUCUUCGGAUAGGAGGAAAACAAAAGCGGAUAAACACGCAUUUUUAUUCUAUAAGAAUGAUCAUGUUGACGAAAAGUGUAAUUUCAUCCCAAUCGCAGAAGACAUGCAGAGUAAAGCUAUUACUUGUGAUGCCAAUUUUGGACCGACAUUUGGAUGGGGCGCAUUGUUUACGAAACGUUACGAUCUUCAAACAUUUAAAAAAGAUAGCAAAUCGGAGAGUGAAUAUAGGGACGGCUCCCUAAUUUUGAAUGGCGCAAUGAACAUUGGAUGUGCAUAUGAAACUGAAUCUAGAAACGUCAGGAGGGAUAUUGUGUCAAAGUUCCCUGGAGAUGAAAGUGCGGUUCCAGAGCAAACACACGUUGCAGAUCCUUUAAUCAUAAAACGCAUUGUGGUGUAUCAAGUUGUAGAUACAUUGCAGGAUAUAGAAUUACAAGAAAUGAAAAAGCGUAUUGAAGAUUUCCAACCAGUACCUGGACUUGGUAUAAAAAAGUAUAACAUACUGCUUCUCGGAGCCAUUGGAUCUGGCAAGUCGAGUUUCUACAACACUAUGGCAACCGUUUUUUCAGGCUCAGUUAAAUUACAUGCCCCUGCAAGAGGCGCUGAAAGAAGUGUUACUGAUGAGAUGAUCCUCGCAUAUGAACUUAAAUCUAAAAGUGGAAAGCAUUUAAACCUUCAAAUUUUCGACACAAGAGGAUUCCAGGAAAACAGAGGAUACAACAAUGAGCUUGAAAAAAUUCUCAAUGGAAGAUUACCAGUUGAAUUUACUUUUCCAGACCAAUCAGCACCUGUAAAAGAGGAUGAACUGACUCAUGCAAGUUUGAAACAGGAAAUGCACAUGGUGUGCUUCGUAACAGGAACUUCGAACUUAGACACUAUUACCAACGAACAACGUUUACCAAUGGUUGUUGUUGUGACAAAAUUUGACGCAUUCAGUGAAAGUAUAUUGGAAGAUGCAAACCAAGUUUAUAGAUGUUUGGAGGCUCGUGAUGCUAUAAAAAGGAUGCCAAACGUCUUUGGAAUACAGGAGAAAUAUAUUUUCCCAAUUGUGAAUUACAUCAAUGACGACGAAAUAAAAGAAGGCAAUGACAGGCUAGCACUACAAGCUUUAGACGCAAUGGUUAGACUGACAAAUGACUAUCUAGAAAAUCUUAAAGGUAUUAUCAUAUAUAAGUUAUUAUGGUAG